AUGUCAACGAUGGAUCCCGAAUCGGCGCAGCAGUCCGAGUCGCAGCUCUCGGCGCCACCCCCUCUCAGCGACCUGGACAGCAGCUCCGACAGCAGCGACAGCGAGGCCGAAGAUUCAUCAAAGGCAGCGUCGAAGCGAGAGCCGGCGCCGGUGGAAUGGCUCGCCACGUCGAGGUCGCGCCGGUCCACGGCGGGCAAUCGCAUGAAGUCGAUGCUGGCCAACGAAGAGCCCGAUUCCGACCUCGAGCUGCUCUUCGCCGAGGACGAGGACGACCAGGGCUUCACGGAUGCCGGCGACGAUGCGUCCGACGUGCAGAUGGACUCGUCAUCCGACGACGAGGGCGAGAACAAUGCCGGCGACGAGCUCGAGGGCGAGCAGGAGCUGGAACGGCAGGCGAGGGAGCGGCGCGCUGCCCAGCGGAAGCGAAAAGCCCAGGAGGCCAUCCCGGCCAAGUUCAGGAAGAAAGUCCGCAUCCAUCCGGCAGCCUCCGAGUCGUCGACGCCGGCGCCGGCGUCUCGUCCCAAGAAGAAAUCCGAGCGCACAUCGUGGCUGCCCUCGCCGGCCGAUCUGCCCACCCGAGCAUCAUCCCGAAAGACGACGCGCAUGUCGAAAGAGCAGCUUCACCAGCAGAUGAUUGAGCGGGAGGAGCGGCGGCUGAAGCAGUUGGAGCAGAUGCAGAAGAAGGCGGCCAGGAUGGAGGCGCUGAAGAAACCUCCCAUGACGCAGGAGGACCGGUUGCGUGAGGCAGCGAUUGUGGAGAAGCGCAAUAGUAAGAGCUUGAAUCGGUGGGAGGUGGCGGAGAAGCAGAGGGAAGAGGAGCGGCGGGCGAAGCUUGCGGCUUUGAAUCAGAGGACGUUGAAGGGGCCGGUGAUUACCUUUUGGACGGGGCUGGGCGAGGCGAGGCGGGUUGUCAUUGAGGAGGAGAAGCCGAAGAGGAAGAGGGUGGACAAGAAGGACAAGGACAAGGACAAGGGGAAGGGAGUUGAGGCUACGAAGGAUGCUGCUGAUGCUGCUGAUGCUGCCAAUGUGACGGCGGAUACGGAUGUGAAGGGGGGCAUUGCUCUUCAAGAAGGUCAACAGCAGACGGAUGCAUCGACCAAGGUGGUAACCGACGAUGGCAAUGCUGCUGCUGUGCCAAAGCCUGACGCCGCUGAGACGCAAUCAAAGGAGAAACCAGCAUCGACAUCGGCACCGACGCCGACACCAGCAGCGGGCGAGACCAAGACGGCGGACGCAGCACCCCUCAAACAAGAGGACGAUGAGAAGACAGGGCCAUUACAGUCAACUCCGAACGCACCAUCAUCAUCACAGCCUCCUACUGCUACCGUUUCUCCUAUUACUGCUGCUCCCGCUACUACUGCUGCCUCUUCUAGCACUGCCCCCCUUUCUCCUACUGCUUCUUCUACUGCAAAACCACCUGGAGAUGUCCAACCAGCCCAGCCAGUAAUAGCUGCGCCUUUACUAUCUCCGCCUUUACUAUCUCCUCCGCCACUAUCUAGUGGCCUGGCAGCGCCAGCAUCUGCCUCGCCGUUAUCUGCACCACCUCGCCAGACAUCUCCGUUGGCAGUUCCCCCAGGUGUCGGUAGUCCACGACCCUUAGAGGCAGGCAAGCCAUCCGGCGUGCUCGCACUUCCAGUUCUUGCGCCUCCGCCCGUUAUGAACAUGGACUACCGCCCCGGCCCAGCACCAAAAUCCAAUAUUCUCGCCCUUCCAAACGCAUCCUUACCACAGACUGCAUUGGCACCUCCCACCCAGAUUCAGCCUCCCGGUUCAACGGCUGUUGCUGCACACGUCUCUACCGAACCAGUCCUCACAAAUACCGUCCUACGGCCUAUCAUUCCUGAACCUGAGCCAAUUAGCAAAUCGGCAAGUCCGGGCCUUUCAGAGCCGCCUCCUCAAUCUGCCCCUGCCCCGGCUGAGGCCCCUGAGACUACCACUCGCAACGUCAUCAUCUUUCAGAAUUUCAAUGAAAAUGCCAUCCAAGACAAGAGCAUACAGACUCAAAUUUUGUUUGGCCGUAAGAUGAACAAACUUUCCAAACCCGCCCCUGCUCCGAUAUGCGUCAUCACAGGCCUCCCAGCCCGUUACAAAGACCCAAAAACCGGUCUUCCUUACCACAACGUCGCUGCUUACCGAGAGCUUCAGCGUCUUGGUCGCAAAGAGCUCAGCUGGAGCGCACUCCUCAACGCCUGGGUGGGCAGCGAGAAGAUGGCAGCUCGUGGCGUGCCGGCGCGCUUCCUCGAUCCAAAUGCUCCCACCAAAACGCCCGAGGAGAGGGAAAAAGAGAGACUGGCCCAGAUAAGAGCCGUUCCGCCGCAGCCUCAGCCUCCGCCGGUGCAGCAACACCAUCAGGCACCGCCGGCGGCCGUGGUCGCGGCAGCUCAUAAAGCCCCUCAGACGCAACAUCACGUACAACAUGUGCAGCACGCUCAGCAACAGAGACCAGCAGCGGCGCCGCAGCAAUUGCGAGCGCCUCAGCCGUUUCAGGCACCGCAACAGCCAUAUGUGCAGCAUCAGCAACUGGCAAGGCCUCAGCAACCACAACCUUCUCCUCCACAACUACAGCCACCUCAACAGCUUCCAAACAGACCGUCUCCAAAUCCUCCACCUCCUCAAAAGCAACAACAGCCAGUAUCAAACAUCACUCCCAGCGUAUCCCCAUCACAAGCUGCCCCGUCACAAGCUGCUCCACCACAAGCUCCUCCUUCACAAUCAGCUCCUCUCCCAGCUGCACAACCAGCUGCACAACAACAGCAACUACAAAACCAACAACCCACUCCUACACCGCCACCUCCAGCUCCAUCUCCAGCUUCCUCUCAAGCUACCCAAAGCCCCGUCCAGAAAACAACGGCUCUUCAACCACCAGCAGCUCCUGCUCCCGAACCCCAGUUUCAGGCUGGAGGAGAGGCUACUACAGGUGGAUCGCAAAUAGCGCCUGUGGAGAAGGAGCCACUGCCGAUCACAACGGCGGCGCCAGAAUAG